AUGGAUGGUAUACGUGGGAGUGAUUUUCGUCCCUUGGAAUAUUCGAUCAAUAGAUUCCCUUUUCUCCUUCCUCAAACUCAUUGGUACGAAGCUCUCACAGGGAGAGAACCGGGUAGCUGGAGCCGUGUGUGGUGGCCAGAGCCUUGUGUAAGAGAGAGAGGGAGAUGGCGGCAAGGAGGGGAAUUUCUGCACCUCGUAUUUAUAGAGCCUCAUAGGGCGUACGAGUCUGGCGUUUCUCCUUCGUUUCAGGGGACAAACGGAUUGACAGCUUUGCAUGCCGCAGUGACUCAAGAACAUCUCAAAGACAAAGGGAACGUUGAAGCUACUCAACUACUGAUGGAAUCUGAUAGUUCUGCUGCUUAUAUCCUGGACUUAUCAAAAAUGUCAGCUCUCCAUGUUGCAGCUUAUGCAGGCCACACCGAAGUGAUGAAAGAGUUAAUUCGAUAUCAACCUGAUACUUGCGAUUUGCUUAAUUCAAAAGGCCAAACUGCUCUUCAUUCUGCAGUUUUAGGUGGACAAAGACAUGUGGUUGAGUACAUAUUAAAGACGCCUAACCUUUCGGGACUUAUUAAUGAAGUUGAUGAAGACGGAAACACUCCUUUGCAUAUUGCGGUUAUCUACAAAAAAUUUGAAGUUAUCACCAUUUUGACGGCCGACGUUAGAGUGGACACUACUGCUGUCAAUAGAAAAUUGUCAAAAGCCAUUGAUAUUUUUCUUGGACAAAAUAUUGAAGAACAGGAUAAAGUAUUAACACUCCGUUUUUGCAACACUUGGGGUCCUCCGUGGGUGGUCCAUUUUUCCAACAAAAAAUCAGAGAUGAAUUCAACAGACUGGAACCAUCAGAGAAGGAUACGCCCGGCACACCAGCCAUUGAACACACCAAGAGGCAAAACCGGCAAGCUACUUCAAAUCAGACCUUGA